AUGAGCAUCUGCUGCCUCAACUUGGCUGAAGACGUGGCUCUUGCCGAAGGUUUCCGUACCAUAACCUUGAGGUCUAUCCCCGAUAUGGGUUGUGGUUCGGCGAAAGAGAUGCGACAGAAUCGUCGCACGAAACUGGUGGCACGCCUCCUCUAUUGUAAGAGGCCUGAUUCGACUGGGAGGUUCAGAUAUACCAAGCCUGGCGAUUCUUUCUGCUUACUGCAGUGCAGUGGCCACGGCCAGAUGGAAAACGGUACUCGAGUUCUUGAAACGCGCAGCCCAUUGAUACCAAUCAAGGUGGUGGAGUCCCCUGAAAUCCUACCCCAGUCGAAUCUCACCGCGACAUGUUUCCAAACGUUCCACUUGCCAAAAUGCACUGUCGAAAUCAUCGACUUCGGCAUAGUCAAAGAUGCCUGUCCCGGUUUGCUGUGCGAUGCCCAGUCAUCGAAGAUGUGUGGUUGCAAAGUCGUUCUCUCCAAGAAUGCUUGGGUGGUUAAAGCGAAGGUAUGCAUCGAGCAGCUGGGAGCCGAUGAAGAGGUCGAAGUUACUGGAAUGAACUUCUCCAAGGUUUUCGUAGAUCCUGUUGCACUUGACUCCAAACCUGAGCUGGCGCGUCCUGUUCAAAUAUGGGAUGUGGCUGACCGCAUUUGCGACUAUGUGAACGCUACUGCUGGCGGGUGGAUGGCUAUCGGUUGGUACAAGGCCGGGGCUACCACCGCUGCCAAUGGGGAGGUGGCAGUCAUAUCUCGGCCUAAAUUUCAUGUCGUACGCCUCCAACCCGCUUCUCUUUCACCAGAGAAUGAGGCUUGGAUUAACAACAACAGAUACACUAUUGCCCAAGGCGGACGAGUUGUUCUCGGGAGACGCGAGUUACCUGGCCCAUACGUUCGAGAUGAGCGCAUUAUGAAUAAUCGCCUAGCACAGGCAGCUCCGAAUCAUGCAGGGCAGAAUGCACAAUCUCCGGGGCGGAAUGGACCACCGUUGGGACAGAAUACCACACAGCAACAGGUCAUUCAGAUAGGAGCUCGAAAUACACAGCAACGCGCAACGGGUCACGGUGAUGGUGCGAAUCAUGUGCCGUUCGCUGGCUCGGUUUUCGCUACGGGAGGUGCUCCAAGAGUCGAAAGAGCUCGCCAGAGAGACAGUGAGGAUGGAGACAGGGCUGGUAGAGAGGUUGAGGACGAACUUGAAGAUUGA